AUGGCAGUAAUAUGGGGUCUCGACCUAAGAGAUAUGCAAUGGUGGAAAUUCAAGAGCUCGUAUAUGUUCGGAAACCGAGACUACCACUUGCGACGGACGAAGUUUGUUGUCUACCAAAUCGCGAUGAUCUGCUGCGUGGUUUCCGAAUCCCUUGGCACAGCAGCCCUUUCAGCAGAUUAUGUCGAUCAACAAGAUGAGAUCGAGAGACUACACUCGUCCGCUGCUGUUCACAAUGACGACUUUGUUGGAAUCGCAUCAUACAACAUCUUCGUGGGCGUUGCUGUAGCCACUAUCUUUGGUGCCGCGUUCUUCUUCGACCUUUUCUUCCCCGAGAGAUUUGAGCCCAAGAACAUCCGCUGGUCAUGGAGGAUAAGUGCGCUUGUCGUCACGGCCAUGGCAUUUGCCGAUGCUAUCGCGCUCACGGUGAUUGUUGCUACUGGCAAUGCAUGGGUUUCUGCCGAUAGCAAGGAUGCCGCCGACAUCGCCCGGGAGAAACUCAGUCCUCCUUUGCGAUAUCGAGACAAUGGGCGUGCUAUUGCUAGUGUGGUCUUCCUCUGGGUUGGUCUAGUGGGAACUAUUGCUAGCUGUAUCAUCUUAUGGCUCUACUACAACCACCUUGACACCUACGGACCCAAAUCCCACAGUGCUCGAAUGCGAGAUGACGUAGACAAAACCAUCCUCACAACCGAGCGAGCAACUACUAAUCAAAGUCACCGUCAGCAAGCAGCACAAAACAUGAGAAACCCAAGGGUGUGA